AUAUCUCGCAUUUAUAUUAGUUUUUAAACAUAUAUUUGUCAAAAUAGAAUUUGAAAAUUCAUUUAGACGCGCCAUGCAAAAUUUGCCAUCGUGAUACCUAACUAACUAGGCGCAUAUAUGAACAGCUGCCUUUGGCUGUCAUGCCAUUGCCAUGUAUUCCUCCUCCUGUCACGUUUGCCGCGUCUUGAUAAGAUAAGGCAGCCCAGAAUGAUAUUUAAACAGAUGCUCGUCAGGGGCUUGCAAAUUUCACUUUGAUCAAUCGAGUCUAGGAUCUCUCAGUUUUCGCUAUACAUUACGCUAAUUCGAACUCAUCGCGAGCUUAUAGAGAUUGCGAUCUCAGCGUGAAGUUGCAUAAAGUUACGUAACGCGUCGCGCUAUGUAUGCAUAAGUCGCGUCAGCCCGAUCACAUUAAAACACUUCGGCCGGAGAACGCGACAGUUAUGCAAAUCUUAAUCUAGGCGCUUACAUUCACACCGGGGCGGUUUUACGAGCCGUUACACGAGAGGGUAACGGAGCUUCCUCCGAGAUGCCGAUUUCAUUCAUUGGCGCAAGCUCCUGUAAACGCGACUAAACAUCUGCGUUGGCGAUAUGUACGCGCAUUUACGAUGCACGCGCUCGCUCGUUUGCCGAUCGAACCCUGGCCGAGUCGUAAUAUUCGAAUACACCUGAGGCCAUAACUCGGUCGAGCAACGGACCCUUCAUAAACACAGAUCUCGGAGCCGAGCAGCGCUGCUGCUGCUGCUGCUGCUGCUGCUGCUGCUGCUGCGCAAGCAAUAACAAUGCCGUCGGUCAGCAUCUCGUCUAUACUUAGCUCGCGCUUACUGCGGAAGCGAUCGUUGCACGUGCGCACGCGAGAGAAACAGAAAGCGACAGAAAGUAUUUCGGCUCCCCGCUUCCGGCCGUUUCCGUAAUACUUCUAGCGUAGCUUGACGUGGCGUGUCAAACUUGUUGCUAUACAUACGUCCGAUGAUUCAGAUCCCCGUCCCUUCCUUGAACGCUAAAUUUAAUGGCGCGUACAUAUCGCUGCUUCGACUUUCGUAUACGCGGUACCGCACAUCUCACCGCUGUAUUUAUCAACAUCGUCAUUAAGCGAACUGCAUGUAAAAUAACAAUUACGUCACUCGAUGCCGUCGAGCGUUCACUCUUUUUCUCCCUUUCUCUCUCUCUCUCUCUCUCUUUCUCUCUCCACAAAAAAAGAAAAACGAUUCGCUUAAUGUAUUCCGUUUGGUGGAUUUAAAUGCACAUUGCAGUUAACCGACUUUAUUUGCUUUCUAUUCUCUCUAUAUUUUUUUUCUCGGUCUCAUUUGCUGCACUGAAUCCGUAUAGAAAUAUCCGAAUCUUUUCGCUUCGGUAAAGCCUUCCAGAUUUAAUUCUUGUUUAUUUGCUUUACUUCGUAAGCCAUGCCUGAAACUUGGCCGUCGGUGUUGGUCUAGGCAGCCUCAACAUUAACAAAUCGCCAGAUGUUCGCUGGUAUCUCGCCGGCGACAGAAAAAUUCGUAUACGUUACAGCUCGUAGAUAGGAAUCCGAUCUGUGCUCGUGGAUGUUAUAAUCUUGGAAUUUCGACGAGAUAUUCGGGAGAAUGGAGAUGGCUGCAUUUUGAGGUACUAUAAAGAUCGAUCGAAAUGGCGAAUUGGUAUCACAAGAAUCGUCAAAUGAAAAUGCAAUUUUGAGGCAUCGCCCGAGCGUCAUGCUGUACGCGGAAAGUAAUGUUCCGCCUAGCGCGUAAUCGCUUGGCACCGGUUCCCUCGUGAGAAUUGAAAAAAUGCAUUAAAGCUCACGCUUGCUUUCCGGCCGCUGCUGCUAGAGACCUUCGUUUUCAGUCGAAAUCAUGAGAGAGAGAGAGCUUAAGUGGCGAGGACGUCGAGGUGACGCGAUAAGGAACGUUGAAAUUCAGACGGACGAAUUGCGGGUGACAAAUUGGCGGGCCGAUUUACGAGGGUGUAAUUGGCGGUGUCGCACCAUGGGGUUUACGCCGCCGGUACCGAAAGCAAAGAAACGUAGGCGCAUGCAGCGAAAAGGCGAAAGGAACGGGCAGGCGAGAGGGGACGGAGUUCGCGCGGAUUUGCAUAAGGCGAGCGAUACUCGCGCGUGCAAAACUCGACGUGGAGCCUGAAAAAAAAAGGGCAGGAAAAACGAGCGGCGGCGGUCGGGUGCGCUCGUGAACGUGAAGGCCCAAAGAAAAGAACGGAGCUGUCCGAACUCGUGCAUUGUUUGCAUUCUCUCCUAACGAAGUUUUUGCAACUACAGCGUGCACCUGCGCCGCACUUGCAUUCAAUGACAUUUCAACGAUUUCAGUCACUCCGAGUGUCCACUGUCAUGCAUAAUUCACUGUCUCAGAGUAAUGAUAAAAAUGUAAAUUUUUCACGGACUCCUAUCGCUAGCUCGAUUUGUACAGAGCUAAAGGAGUAAUACACCAUUAUGUUAAUUUUUCGUUUUGUAUCGCGCUACGUAUAUAUUUUUAAUAAGUCCCGUACCUUUCUCGUUCUACGACACAAUGGCCUGGAUUCAGCUUCGCGAUGAAAGGGGAUUUACAAUCCGCUGACAAAGUGUAUUAAAAGUAGCUAUUAUAUAUAUUUCGCGUACACGGCGUAAAGUCGUCAGAUCGUUACGUAAUUAUCGCGUGACUAUUACGUACCGAGUUGAAACGAGGUCUCAGUCGCCAUCAAACAAUUACGCGGAUCUCGCUGCGCCCACCGUGGCGACGGGGGUCGUUUUCGCGGGGCAAAAGAUAUCGAGACGAGAGAAGACGAGAGAAGGAAAUAUAGACGAAGACGGAGGAACGCCGAGGAGGGAUGGAAUGGAAAUGGUAGGGGAUUGGAACCCAAGGGGGGAGUCACUCCCGAAGAGAAGCAAGCCGAGUGGCGACGCCUCAGUGACCGAGCUUACUCUCCCUUGUGCUUUCGUUCGCAAGCGCGGCCCGCUAGAUUCUCGUUUCCUCUGUAUUACACACGCGGUCACUUACACCUGCGCACGAACGUACACACCUAUACAUCCUCGCCUUUCCCUCCGUACAUCUUUGUCUGUGUAACGCCCCGCGCACACAGAGCCCGUCCGCUUUCCUACCUCCCUCGUGGUCGCCUCGUGGACCUUCCCUUUCGACUUCCGCGAUACAGCCCUGGGAGCAGUUACGUGCGCCCUUCGCCGUUCCAUUCCCUCGUUCUUUCUUCCCCUCGUGUUCGUGCAUUAAAUUGUUACGUAUCCUUAUCAAGAAACUGUCUCUCUCUUUCUUUGGUCCGCUGCGAAAAAAAAUUUCCAACAUUUUGUGCGCACUCGAAAGCUUCAUAAAAAAAAAAUAUAAAUCUUCAUGGAUCUUACAUUGGAUUAAUAUGAUUUUAAUAAGCCUAAAAUGCCACGUGCGUCGUUCUUGUUGCCUACUAAGAACGAAAGUGCUUUGAACAAUCAUAAACGAAUAUCGUACACGCGUUUUUCGUGACAGUGAACAGAGUUUUGUAUUUAAUAUUUUACAUGAUUGCUACUUUAAAAGUCAUUGUUAGACCUUUGAGUGAAGUUUAUGUUCAGUGAAAUGAUUUAUAUUACAUUAAGAUUGUGAUUAUAUAUUAGAAGAGAGAAUUUGUGAAAAUUACGUGUACUGAGUUGCAGUGACCGUUUACGGUCUGUCGAGUUUUAUCUCUACGUGUAAUCUCUGGAAUUAGUGCCGCGUUAUUUGCUAUUCGGUUUAUACAUCGCAACAACAUGGUCGACUUCAUCGCCUAUCCGGAGAUCUCCUAUCUCUACGAUGAAUUUAUGAUGAUGAACCGUCCUAUUCAAGUGAAGCCAGCGGACAGUGAAAACCGCGGAGACAGAAAGCUGUUCGUUGGUAUGUUAAGCAAGCAACAAACUGAAGACGAUGUGCGACAGCUGUUUACUACCUUCGGUUCAAUAGAGGAGUGCACCAUCCUCCGUGGACCCGACGGAAGCAGCAGAGGCUGUGCCUUCGUGAAACUCUCGUCGCACCAAGAAGCACUGGCAGCAAUAAACUCUCUACACGGUAGCCAAACUAUGCCGGGUGCGUCAUCCAGCAUAGUGGUAAAAUUCGCAGACACUGAUAAAGAGAGACAGAUAAGACGCAUGCAGCAAAUGGCCGGGAACAUGAGCAUCCUUAACCCCUUCUUUAAUCAUUUCGGCGCUUACAACGCUUACGCUCAGCAGCAAGCAGCGCUUAUGGCAGCCGCGACUGCACAGGGAACAUACAUCAAUCCAAUGACCGCGUUGGCAGCUGGACAAUUACCGCAUACAUUGAACGGCAUGCCAAAUCCCGUGGUCCCACCAACUUCUGGUUUGCUCGUAGGUACCGGCACAGGGCAACCGGUUAACGGAGCAUUACCGUCGCUACCGUCGCCAACGAUGCCCAAUUUUAACAUGGCCGCUCAAACGCCGAACGGCCAGCCGGCAGGCUCGGAUCCAGGUGUCUACACCAACGGAAUACCGCAGACUUAUGCGGGACAUGCCCUCCAUCUGUCCAUUCCAGCGCAGGGGUUGGCCAACGGGGAGGCGGCACUUCAGCAUGCCGCCGCGUAUCCUGGAAUGCAGGCUUAUGCUGGAGUGGCCGCUUACCCCGCCGUCUACGGCCAGUUUCCUCAGGCUAUUCCUCAGCCGAUGACCGCGGUGGCACCCACGCAGAGGGAAGGAUGCUCUAUCUCAGGACCCGAGGGCUGCAACCUGUUCAUCUACCACCUGCCCCAGGAGUUUGGUGACGGCGAGCUCAUGCAGAUGUUCCUCCCGUUUGGCAACGUCAUCUCCUCUAAGGUCUUCAUCGACCGGGCGACCAACCAGAGUAAAUGCUUUGGUUUUGUGUCGUUCGAUAAUCCAGCGAGCGCGCAAACAGCGAUCCAAGCGAUGAACGGCUUCCAAAUAGGGAUGAAACGAUUAAAAGUCCAAUUGAAGAGGCCCAAGGACGCCAGCCGGCCAUACUAACCCACGUCCUAGCCUAGAAAAUCUGGACGAGUCGCGCCCUAUGUCGUAACUUACAGAAUGUCGUCCGAGAACGUGAACUCGAUGGACGCUCGACGAUCAGGAGUGACGAGUUGAAUCACCGUUACAACGCUCUCCGCCGUAACUUAGUAUACUAGCUAGUUAAUUCAUUAGAGGAUAAAAAUUUAGAGGUCAGUAGGACAGCAACGGCUUCAACGUCGUUGAAGUUCGUGCGACGGCGGCGAAGAGGCGUAAGCGAAUGUGAUGAAGGAUGUUCUGCGCUGAACCCAGACCGAGAAGAAGAGCCGAAGAGAGAAGAGGACGAGGCACGCUGAGACGACGUUUCACAGAUGUUCGGAUAAUCGGAAUCCAUCGAUAGGCAACAUCGGCUUUACCUUCUGUCUCCUUCUCGUCUACUCCCACUACAAAUCUGCAUGUUUCUUUUUAUCCUCCGCGAGUUUAGUCUCUGGUCCCUACUGCCAGGUGAGAGAUUACGUUCGAGCUCGAGGACGAGGACGCGAAUGGACACGAGCGGCGGAACCUGUUGCGAACCUUUCAAGGAUCCGAGAGAUCCUGGAGAGAUCUGCCAGAGGCACUGGAAGUAUUAAAAACUGAUCACGUCGUCCGGAUAUACACGGCGACGAUUCCGUUAUAGUUACACGCGCGAGUCACACAACAUUGCGCCGCGACGAUCGUCCAGCAUCAAACCGACAAUAGCUAUCGCGAAAUAUCCCGUCGAUGAAACGCCACUAGACGUCUCGUCGUGUUCGUUGCGACCAGUCCGACGACGCACAGCGUGGAAUUCGAUGCGAUGCCACACGGCAGAGGAAAAUUUGCCGUACUCGUACAUCCGGUCUGAUUGUGAUCCUCGACGAAGACUCUCGACGAGGGCCGCCGCGCCGGAUCGUCGUAUCCGUCGGCCGGACAAAACAACCUGAUGAUCAUCGUAGUACGAGAGGUCGACGAACUUUUUGUACCGCACUCAGCGAACGAUGUAGUCGUCGCGACCAAGACCCCGCGCUCGUCAUCCUCGACGACGACGACGACGACGACGACGACGGGACGGAUAAUAAUUCCCGCGCGACUGACGAAAGUAGGAUAAAACGCAGGCUCGUCCCAAAAACGCGGACGAGGUCCGAUAUCUCUCUCCCAAAAAGACAAAUGUCAAUCAUAUGCUAUACAGGGUGCUCGUCUGACGAAACGCGUCUGAAAACUUUGAAAAAAAAAAGACAAAAAAAUAUAAAAAAAAAAAGAGAAAAACAGAGAAUCAAGCGGCGAACAUGGGCUCAGCGCCGGUCCGACAUCCCAGCCGGAUAUCGGGUUCUCCUUAACGUUUAAGAUUUAAACACGUACGACGCGCUGUAGAUUUUAUAUACUGCAGAUAGAGGAGUGAGAGAGUGAAAGAGAGAGAAAGGAAGUGUGCGUGACGAGGAGUUUGCGCGCGUCGUGCUGCGCGUCGAGGAGGAAGCGAGAAAGUCCUGUCCUACUCGCGCGUGCUCGCACGGUGCUCGUCCUCCGCGACUAAUAGCUCUUAUUACUACUAUGGUUAUGGUGAUUAUCAUUAUAAUUAUCGCUAAGUAAGUGACGCGCGAGUUUCCGGCCGAAAGUAUAACUCUACUCCGUUGUGGUUCCUGCGUGAACAUCGAGAGAGGAAUCGCGUGUGAGGGCGCGAUUGCCCCGCCCGUCCCGCCAUCGAUCCGCCGCGGCUCCGAUCUCCGAUCCUCCGAUUUACGCGUGGAUCGACGAUCAACUCUUGCCUGAUCGGUUAAGCAUCGCCCGAGAAAUGUCAGCCAGGCUGUGAUUGUCCAGACAAUGACGAUGUCGCCAAUGAUAGUCCUCUUUAAGUUUUGUUUAGUAAUGACGCUGUCUUCUGUUAUUGUUGAAUAUAGGAAGAAAUAGGGAAAAGCGAUGAAAACCAAAGAAAAUGAUAUAAGAAUAAUGACAAUGCAACGGUGUAAAAUGCAAUAUUUAUACUAGAAUCGCUUAUCGUCUUUCUUUAGGCUACGAUACAGAAAGGGGAACAAACAGCUAGGGAAUAAUAUUUUUUACGUCCGACUUUAUUUUUUAAGUAUAAAGGAAAUAAGUUUAGGGUGGAUUACGGGGGCCGAUUGUCGUGCAAUGAUUUAAUUAACUAUAUGACUUUAUUCGAUGUUGGCCGGGACUCUUAAAACUGACAGGUUUGAACGUAUCUUUUCGAAAGAAGAGGACCGCGCGCUGCUGGAUGCAAGUUCGGUACGCCCAAUUGAUCAAUCAUGUGUGUUCAUGCGGAAUUCCUGUGACUGAAAUAGACAAAACAUUGAACAUUUCGCGCGCGAUGCCCGGUCGGAUACGCAGAGUGUCUUGAGCGAGUUCGCGAAAGAAAGCCAAAGAACAGGGGGAAGGAAGGGCGAGGGAGGGGAAGAUGGGUGGAAUAAGAGAUAAAACCGAAUAUAUAAAAUACGCGUAUAGGGUAGGUGAUAAGGUAGGCGAGCGAUGAAGCGGAGAGGAAAACUCUGAUCUAGCAGAAAUAAUCAUUCAAAGUACCAACAUAUAUAUGUAUAUAUAUAUGAUAAUUAUUAAAUAUUAUGUAUAUUUAUAUAUAUACAUAUAUAAUAUUAUAUUAUAUAUAUGCGUACGCAUACAUACACAUUUACGUACGUGAUGUGUGUACAUGUGUAUAUAUGUAUCGAUCGAAAGGAGACUUAGUAAAUUAUUCUAGUUUUAGCUAAAUCAACGUCUAAUAAAUUAUUGCGCGGAGCACACGCGGA